UUCUAACAAGAGUGUGUGUGUGUGUUGUAAGCAUUAGGUGUAAAGGCUGUGUGAUUGAUACUGUUUGAUAUUCGAUAACAACACGGGGAUAAAACGGUGUCUUUCUGUAGACGAGUGAAGUUCGUGUUUGUGACAACUAGUAGAUUGUGCUUGCAAAGAAACAAGUUCUUCAGUCUACCCUUGAAGGAGGUCGCGAAAACGUUCCUGACAACUGGAUUUAGUCAGCUCUACCGUUUAAGUUCACGCCGCGGUCUCCAGCUGAUUCCAGCAUGGCCGAGGAAGCUAGUCCUAUUAUGGUCCCCCCGACAGAGGAUGCUUCAGACAACCUGGUUCGGGAAAACACGCAUGUAGUUGACGCCCUGUACGCUGUUCUCAACAUCACUGGCCGAGACGGGACGUGGCCAGUCACCCAAAGAGAAAACGGGGAUCAUGAGGUCUGUAAAGUCCACGCGGAUGAGAUGCUCAGAGGAGUCCAGGGAAUAUUCCAGUUGGAUGAAGAGGCCAUGGAUGAACUGAAGAAGGAGGCCCUGCAGAGGAAGCCAGUAGAAUUUAAGCUGAACCUGACAGUGAAGGAGGGAAGAAUACGCAAAAGAAGUAAAGGAAAUGACACAGUAUAUAUUACUGUCAACACUCCAUCCAGGAAUGACAACCAGGAACUCGUAACUUCCUUUAUAAAAUCUUUCGCACCCAAGUGGGACCACAAAUUUACCAUACCAAUCAGAGAUCCCCAGAAAGACCACAUCUAUCUACAGCUUUGGCAAAAUGGCGAAGAUGAACUCUCUUGGUUGUUUGAACCCAAACUGGCCACUAUUCACUUCCCAAGAGUUCUGCCAAUUGGAACCCUCAGCAUUCCCAUUAUGGAAGUUAUUGAGACAGAGUUCGAUGGAUGGUACGAAUUUCAGAGCACAGCAGAGGCAGAUAUACUCAAUUCGGAUGUGGAGUCAGUUAAAGUGCACUUAUCAGGCCACAUUACCUGUUCACCGGAUUUGGGCGAACAACAGCAGGCUUACGAUGAGUUUCUGUUGUGCCUUUUUCAGCAUCAUACUUCUGCCUUGGUGGAUAAUGGCAAUGGACUUUGGCAAGGCAAACUACCAGCAAGUCUGACAGCUUUAAGCACACAGUUAAGAAUUCUACAUGAUGUAAGAAAGGACAGGCAGCUCAUCUCAUGGUGCAAAGCGGCUGCCCAGCUUCCAACUGUCGAUGCAGUUUAUAUACACUCUCUGGUUAAGCACAUUCAGACCAGGAUGGUAGCUGCUGCAUUUAAUGAGGAGGAUUUGGCUUUCCUUCAAGAAACUUUGAUAUUGAUUAUAGAGAAAUAUGAAGAGAGAAUAAGAUGUCUGGACAGCAGUUUCCCAUUCUCGAAUGCAGAUUCUGAGGGACAGUUAAUGGCUGUGCUCAAGACUCUGUGUGACAUCCACCGACAUCCCAAAACACAAAUGUUGAUCUAUCAGUCGGAGCAACCACUUAUUCAUGAAGGUGUGGCAGAGGCUCUGAUAACUUUUGGUUGCAAUUGGUUGAAAGAGAUGGAAAAGUCAACAUUGUUGCUUGCAAGCAGUCCAAUUGACCAAAUUAAAGCUGCAUUAGCUUUGACAAACGAAGUUCUGUGUCUACUUGGAGAGCCUUUGGCAUUUUAUGAUAGAAUUUUCCAGAAAGAAAUGAAAGUUAACUGCUACAAGCAAGUUUAUGGAAGCUUAGUAAGAGAAGUGAUAUCUUCUUUGGAGCCAGUCCUUACACACAUUUGCAAGAGGCUUCUCAAAGAGCCAGACACAGGAGAGAAUGCUGAAGAAAUGUCUUAUGAUUUUGGCCUUGGAUCUAAUCUUCUAAAAGUAUACACCAACCUCUGCCAGAUAAAUUUCCUUGGUAGAAGAUCAGAAUCUGCGACCAAAGAGACAGGCAUUGAGUCCCAUCACCAGUGGUUCAUCCCAGCUGUACACCAUUGGCUCGCCUACACUAACAACUUGGCUUUGCAGUGUGUGGAGAAAGCAGUUGAGAAAGAUUCCUUUGAGAGAAUGAGUGACCAUUGCCACUUUAGCACUUCAGCAACAGAUACAGCAUCACUGUUUCAUAAUAUAAAGGUCUGGUGGCAUAAAAUUGCAUGGGAUGAUCAGACAACCAAUGACUUGAUUCCAGUAAGGAUUUUAGAAGACCAGUGCAAUGUUGCUAAACAUUACUGUCACCUUAUGUUUGAUAUCAUGGACUCUGUCCUCGAGCACAAUGAGGGGCGAUUAUGGAUUGGGACAAAGAUUCCAGUAGUUGUUGCCAAUAUGGAAUACAUUAAUAAAGAAGUAGGUAAGCUGCCAAAAGCUUUUGGUUUAGAAUCUCUGAAGAAUGGAAAUAACAGUACAGUGAAAAAUCUGAUUGAAAAUGUUCAAGAGACAAUAAGCCUUUGGAUAAGUCAGUACUUGGAAGCAGUUUUAAGGAAGGUGAAACCUACUAUCAAAACAUCACUAGACAAUGCAUGUGAAAGUGGUGAUGUUUCUGAUCUUUUGAAUAAUUUGUUGGAUCCGGCUCUUAGUGUGCUGUGCAGUGACCUCCCAAGAUCACACUUUCUUAGUUUUUUGGCCAGCCUUUGGGACUGCAUUGUUCUCCUUCUCCAGAUGAAGUUGAAAGAUGAAAGUAAGAUGAGGAAGAACGAUUACUUUGAGCAAAUGAGCUAUGUGUUAAAUGAAAUUUUUAAAUGUUUUACACCGUCAACUGACAUUGGACUGAAUCUCAGGGCAAAAACACCAGGUUAUAUGUCUCUUGUGCAAGAACUGGAGCUUUUGAAGUUAGACUCGAAUGAGCUCAUCAGCCAUUACUAUCAAGACCGAUGGAAGGAACAACAAGACCAACAGCAACAGGAAACGACAGCGACACUAGUUGUGAGAGCCAACUUUUCGGAAAGUGGAAAGUUGAAUGUCGCAGUCAUCAUGGCAGAAGACAGGGCCGCGGCAGAGGAAAACAGCAAGAUAAUAACAGCUUUGCCUUCAUAUUAUGUGAAGUUAGAGCUGAUUCCUGAAGAAUGGAGUUUGAGAAGAAGCGAAAAAACACAGGCCCUCAGAGAGAUUCCAGCAACGUUUGAUGAGGAUUUUGUUUUUGAAAACUUGGAAGAUAAUGAUAUAGCAAAGGGCUUUUUGGUGUUGAGACUCGUGGAACAGCAUGUCAUUCAUUCGAAUAUUCUCAUUGGUGAAGCUGUGAUACCCUUAGCCCAUAUCCAUAAAAAUUCUGAAGACAUAAAGAAUAUGUAUCUGCAUCUGGAUACACCUUGUCUUGAUUCAGUUGCCAGAAAUCUGCAGAUUCUCAAUUACAGAAGACGAGAGUCCACAGCCUAUGAUUUUCUAAAGAAGCUGGAGAAAAGAUACCCAGAGACGAAAAAACACUUCAGAAAUUUGCAGACAUGAAAGUUGAUGGAUAUGCAGUGCCAUUUGAAGUCAAAAAUAUUGUUCCUAUUUGAUUUAGAUUUUCUGUUUCUCUCUUAGUGAUUUACUUUCUGGUGGGGUCAUGGUGCUAAUGUGGAAAGGCUUAGACAAUGAAGCAUAGAUGAAAUUGAAGUAUAAUAAUUUUGAUAAGUAUGAUAAUUUUAAUAUGGAGUUUUUAUAGAUAUAUAGGGAUAUAGACAGAUAUAUAGAUAUAGAUAUAUAGAUAGACAGAACUAGAUAUAGAUAUAUAGAUAUAAUACCAUUGAUUUUUUAUUAUUUACUGUCACCCAGGCUCUCUCUCUCUCUCUGUAAAAGGCUGAGAUGCCUCAAUACUCCAACUGAUGUAUGCAACAUAGUAGUUAAACAACUUGAGUCCUUAGUGUUAAAAUAGGACAACACAAGUAAAUGGACACGUGAUAUGAUAGACUGGAAGGUCUUGAGGAAACAGUGAAGAGGCUCCUUCUAAAGGUCAUCUCCAGUCAACCAUACAUUGUCAUCUUGGUUCCCGCUGGUUUUGGAACCAACGUGGAGCCUGGUUUAGCUUGGGGUGGUGUAGCUGUCAUUUCAUGGGUAUGUGCUUAUUGGUCCACCAUAGUCUCUCUCGCUCACUCAUUCACUCAUUCACUCAUUCACUCACUCACUCACUCACCCACCCACUCACUCAUUCACUCAUUCACUCAUUCACUCAUUCACUCACCCACUCACUCACUCACUCACUCA